CUGCGAACCGAAGCUGUCUUUUGAGUUAAUUCGUUCCCGAGCAUUUCACGUUGCCCUCUCUGUCGUCAUUUUCGUCGAGAUCCCAGACAUCGUGAUGAGAUCGUAGGGAUAGGGGGAAAAUCUGGAAAUUCCCGCCUGCAGAAAUCGAGGAGCGAAGAAGUGAAAAAUGUCUGGGAGCUGUUUGAUCCUGAUCUCAAUGCUCACGGCUCUCGUCGUGAUUCUCCAGCGAGUUGACUCGCUAUGCGAACUCAGUUUCACUCGGCGCAACAAGGUUUUCGAUUUCAACCUGGUGUCUCCAUUGCCGAACUACCCUCAUGGUGCCCUCAGUGAAGAUGGGUUUUAUAGAGUAGAGGCAAAUGGCACAGUGCUCUGGUUUCAGCUUUGCGAUGCAUUGAUUUUCAAUCAUGACCCCCCACGAUGUGUUGGUUGUGCGGAUUGUGGAGGUCCAUCACACUGUGGAACAGCAUGUAGCGCACUUGUCUCGGAACAUGUAAGAGGGUAUGAUGUAUGUAAUGCCAUAGGGCAUGUUUCAAAGACAAGAGUUGAUGUUAUUGAUAAAGAGAAUCCUGGUAAAGGCAUCAUUGUCAAGAUGUCCAGUGGCAGCGGGGAGAAAAAUUGUUCAGUCUCGGUUUCUGUUAUCUGCCAGACGAACAAAGUUGAUGGGCCAAUCAAACUGGAGAAAUCAGGCGCAUGUCAUUAUGCUACUGAGUUGCGGCAUCCUUCUGGAUGUGCUUCAGCUGUAUCGGGCCAUGGUGGUGGAUGGGGCUGGUUUGGUACCUUACUGAUCAUUAUCUUGUGCCUAUUUGGAGCUUAUUUUCUUGCCGGUGCAGUUUACCGGUACUCUGCCCUUGGAGUUCGUGGCAUAGAUGUAAUUCCAAAUUUGGAUUUCUGGACGACUGUUCCUCGCGGAAUACAGAGCCUUUUUGCUUCAGUGGUUCAGAGAAUAAGAGGGCCUAGUUACGGGCACCGAAGCUCGUAUUCUCCCGUCAACUUCUGAGGCGGCCAUUGUUCUGUUCAUCUCUGAUUCAUGAUAUGGUCACCAAGGCACCUGACCCCUGGCCCUGACCCGAUCGAUCUACGAGAUUAUUGCCGUCUAUGUGCGCACCCUUUUGGCCGACAUGACUGCCUGUUAGAAAGGUGCCUUUCCUUCUUGUUCUUCUGCCGCAGUGAUGAAAGGAUUUACCUUUUUUUUUUUUUACUGUUUUCACUCACUCUGCCCUCUCAGACAUUCUUGUACCAGUUUAUUUAACUGAUGCCACUCUGUGUUUAUCCAUAUGGCUUUCAUAGCGUACUUGAAUAUUAUUGCUAUUGAUCAAUUUUACACA